AUGCAACAACACAUCCAACCAACGGCCGACUGCAAAAAGUGUACUUGGGCUGCGAGAUUCUUGGCGUUAUGGGGAACGGAAACUUUCGAAACUCUGAACAACUCUCUCCUCUACGACCAUGAUGAGAUACGGUAUGAUAUCCUCCUUUCAAAUUUUGACCAAAGCGACGCAAAGGAAAACCCAACCAUCGAAACGCUGUACUCUCUGUACUUGGUUUCGUCCUGCUGGAAUCCAAACUCCAUAUCCUUUUCGUCACACUCUCCCAUUUAUCCCAAUUUACGUGCGAAUCCCAAGGUUGUGUUACCCCUCCAAACUGGGUUCGAGGAGAGUGCCAACCCAUUUAUCCACCAGGUCGUGCAGGGUGCCUGCAUGGAGAAUGCAGCUGUCAGUAGCACCAAGGGGCUCAUCGAUAUUUCCGCGCCUGUGACAGAGGCAGAGCCCCCGAAGCCUUCCUCUGCUUUCAGGCACCGGAUGCUCGAGCGCCCGUCUGCAAGAUGGGCGCCACAGAUUACCCAGAAGCUGUCUACAUGCCCUUCAUGCACACUGCAAGCCUUCUCCCUCAGGAUCCGAGGGGACAUGGACCAUAGGCAGACAAGGGCCGGUAUCGUGGGUUCUCGUCCGAUGACAGGAUGUCAUCGUACCUGGAUUACCGUGGUGGUUUAUUGCAAUAGGAGGUCCGCCUGCUUGGUCUUCUUUCAUAGGAGGCGCUCAAAAGGGGGACGACGUCCGAUGGAUGAGACAGAAACUUCAAAAAGGGACCAGCGCGGCCUGUCCUUUCGUAAACGGUCCUGUUGCAAUGCAAUCAUCUCACACAUCACAUCUCAACUCGUUCUUGCUCGCUUUCUCACGUAUUGCGAACCACCCCAGUUUCCCCAUUCACCUCAAACCAAGACCAUGGCACGUACUUCAAUCUUCCGCGUUAGCUCUGCCUUGAACGCUAUACUCCUCACCUGCAUCAUCCUCAAGCAUGUUGCGUUGGGCGUCGCGCGUUCUACAAUGCGCAAUGCUUGCUUGGUCGUUCUCAUGCCCUUCAUGUUCUUCCACAUUGCCAUCAUCGAAGGCUGA